ACGGCGUACAAGGGCCUUAGGUUGUCACCCACAAUACACGAUUAUGGCAGACCUCGCAGCGUCAGGUAGCCAAAUAUCAAUCCACCUCACCGACCGUGCUCUCAUACCUAUAAUCUCCUCCUCGCGAUCCAACACCUCCCAAUCGCAAUCGCAAGCACAGGCUCUUACUUCCCUUACUACCGCCGCUGUCACAGCCUACGAUUCUGCUUCUCGUCUAGAUCUUGGACUGCCACAACGAAUACUGGUCGAGACAAGUUCCUCCGGCCCGGUAAUACUUCAUUCUUAUUUAAAUCCGCAAAGCUCCCAACGACCACAAUCACGGCAUACGAGGACGAUUAACCUUAAUGAGAGGGAGAUUGUGGAGCAGGCAAGAGAGGACUUGAGGCCUUUGAGUGGGACAACGGAGGGUAGUAGUGUGGCGGCUCAUAGAAAUGAGGGUGAGGAGGUGGUGAAUGGGGUUGUUAAUGGUGGUGAUUACGGCAGAGGCACAGACAUUGGAGAUGGCGAGCAAGCCGAUGAGGAGGAUGGUGCGGUACAACAACCGCCAAUGCUCAUAGCUUCUGUGAUAGCAGCCAGUGCCGGAGAGACGCUGGAGGCGAGGAGAGCAGCGGCGAGGUUGGAGAGGAUGGGCAGAGAGUUCCAGAGGGAAUUUAUGAGGGUACAGGAAGAAUCUGGCGAAUCUGUGACUGGCGGAGAAGAUGGUUGAUGGGGGCUUGCCUAUUGCGGCCUUGAAGUUUAUCUUGAUGAAUGGGGACUGAAGACGGGAAUGGAAUGACAGAAAGUCGUAACAAAGUUACCGCACCCUACCCGUCUGUGACGGAUCCCAGGCGAAUACCUAUUUACCAGAAAGCUGUGAACAUAGGAAGAGAUUAGUGGAAUCAUUUCAGUAAUUUAUCAUGGACAUUCACAGAACUAUUCCAGACCUUUUGAUUCCAGCUUAUCCUUCUUGAAAUAGAUGAAUGCAAGGAAUAUAAGUCCAAUCCUCAGGUGCGGCACCAGGCGGUCGAAAAAUAAUCAGUCGUGGUCAAUCCCUGAUAUUCGGAAUCUAUAGCUGUAGAGCUAGCUCACUUCAUAGCAAUCAGA